CUGGGAGAUCAUAACACCCACUUACUCCAAAUUCCAUCCAUGUGUGGGGCAGAGGAGCCGGUCCUGAGCUGCUAGCCAUGCAUUAACCCCCAGACCUGCAAUGCCCAGCACCAUGGAGACCCACCCCAAGAGCCUGGACGGGAGUGAAAAGUCCCCUGAAUCCAAGGAUUUGAUCACUAGCAACACGGCCAGCACGCUGUGCAUCAGCUCCAGGAGCGAGUCCGUCUGGACCAACACACCCAGGAACAAGUGGGAGAUCUACCACAAGCCCAUCGUGGUGGUUUCUGUCGGAGGCGCCAUCUUCCUCUUUGGAGUGGUGGUUACCAGCCUGUCCUGCUUCAUAGAGACCAAUAAAAAUGUUUACAAAAUGUGCGGCCCGGCUUUCCUGUCCCUGGGGCUGAUGCUCCUGGUUUGCGGCUUCGUCUGGAUCCCCGUCAUCCGGAAGAAGCAGCGGCAGAGACAGAAGUCACACUUCUUUCAGAACAUCAAGUCAUUCUUCUUUAACCGCUGAGGGCUGCUCAGGCUCAGCACUCACAGGUGGCAAGUAAUGCCUCUUUCAGCCUGGCUGGAUUUGCCAUGAGAUUAUUAGGGC